AUGGCAGCCACCUCCUCAGGCCCCUCGGCCAUCUCGAGCUCGUCAUAUCCCACAAAACGCGAUCAACUCUACGAUUACUGCGCAACAAUCCCCGGAGCUCUCUUCAACCAAGAGGACCUGGAGAACCUUCACAUUGCCCGGGACACGAAAGAGUUGAUGCAGAUAUGUCAAGAGCUAGUGUCAAACCAGCUCUUCCAGCUGCUCCAAUGGGACGGAGAUGUGUGCUGGAAAGCUCGACCACAAGACAUCGCAACCAAACUCACCACCCUCUCCCGCGACGAGCUCCUCGUAUACCAAUGCGUCGAGUCCCUCGGCACCACCGGCAUCUGGACCCGCGCCAUCCGCGCCAAAACGAACCUGCACGACAAAUCCCUCAACAAAGCCAUAAAAUCCCUCGAAACCUCACGCCUCAUAAAAAGCAUCCGCAAUGUCAAAAACCCAUCCCGCAAGACCUACAUGCUGUACCACCUCGUCCCCUCCGAAGACAUCGCGGGGGGGCCCUGGCACGACGAGAACGGCGAGUUCGACAUCGACCUCAUCAACACGGUCGCCGACCUGAUCUGGAACUACGUGCACGCGAAAUCGUGGGUCGAGGCGCCGCGCAUCAAGGGGGGGCGGGACAUGGCGGACGCCAUAAAACGCAGAAAAGACGCCGUCGCAGCGGCCGCAGCGGCGCAGCAGACACCCCCCACAUCGCUGGCCGCGGCGCUCGAACUCCCGCCCUCCCCGCGCUUCAAGCCCGCGCUGGGACCGAGCAACAGAGUUCUAAUUCCCUACCCCCCGGGCUACAGGGGUUACCCAAACCUCCCCACCAUCUCCGACUUCGUGCGCGAGUCCGGCGUCGUGAUGGUCGAGAUCCACGAGGCGGAUCUCAAGCACCUUCUCGACAACUUGGUCUACGACGGGCGCCUCGAGCGCAUGGGCGUCGGGGGGCAUAUGUACCGCAGCGUGCGGCCGAUGGAGGGGGAGGAGGAUGUUGGGCCGGGGAACGGGUUGGCUGAGGCGCCGUGUGGCCGGUGUCCGGUGUUUGUGUUGUGUGAGGAGGGCGGGCCGGUGAAUGCGAGGAACUGUGUUUAUUUUGAGGAGUGGUUGAAGACGUGA